AUGCUCGCCGGGCUCGCCGAGGCGGCGACGCCCGGGUUCGGGUACGGUCUGCUGAUGGGCAUGCUCGUCUCGCUCCUGAUGUCAUACCUGGCACGACUGUCAAUGCCAAUGCGCACGGCGGGCAGGCGGCCUGCGCCAGGCUCGCAAAAGGUUAAUGGUACUGACGUAGCCUCCCAGUACGCGCGGCCAGCAGCAUCCACACCCACAGUCGAGCCGUGCCCGUGCAGCGCCGCCGCAGAGCCGCCUCCUGCGCUGCAGAGGGCGAGGGCACCAACGGCCGAAGAUAGAGCGGCAGAGCCUGCGAGGCGAGCUGUGCGGCUAGAGAGCGCAGCAAUUGAGAGGCUAGAUCGGCCGCCGCAGCUCAAGGUGCCUUGCGUGCCCGAGGCGCACGAGUUCGAGGCGAACGACUUUGUCCACUCCCCGCUGCCCCUUGGCCUCCCGGACAGCGCGCAGCCGAGCGAGGCCCUGCGUGACGCAUUUGGCGCUCUGCUGCCUAUGUGGUCGAGCGAGAUGGGGUCGGCGCACUUCUCGAGCCAGCCACGAGCGCAGCAACACGGUGGCGACGAGUGCGGCUCCGCUCCGCAGUCCGGAGCCCCGAUCUCGAGUCCGAGGUCGAUGCCUCCGAGCUCGUCGUCUUCCCCGCUCAAGAGGCGCGCGGGCGCCGCUGCACCGCAGCCGCUGCCCUACACUGUCGCCUCAGUGCCGAGGAGACUGGAUGCGACCAGCUCCAAGUCUCUCAUUACUGCCCGCUCCGCCUUUGCCGCCUCGUCGCGGGCACCCUCCACCACGUCGGAGGAAGCCGCCACGGGGAGGCCUCACAGCGGCGGGACGCUGCGGAGGCGGGUGCCGGCAAUGAGCCUAGCCCGCAGCCGCCGCUCCGAGACACCGCCGGCCAACUCAAGCAGCUGCACGGGCGCGUCCGAUACCAUCCACCUCGGCUCCAUGCACAACGUCUUCUCCUCGCCCAACCUGUCGGCGCUUGGCCACGGAGAGAGGCGCGCCCAAUCGCCCUUCUCCACGAUUGCCACGACCGAUAGCUACUCGUCCUCGAUCGACGAGGCGGAGCUGACAACGUUCGACGCCGCCACGUCCGACGUUACGGGCUUUCUGGUCGACCUUGAUGGCACCGUGUAUCGCCCGGGCAGCCUCCUGCCUGGCUCGCGCGCCUUUCUUGCGUGGUACGUCUUCCUCUCAAACACGGGCUCCAAGUGCUCCGAGGAGUGCCGCAAGAAGCUACAGUCGCCGCCCUACCAGCUCGACCCGCAGCCGCUGCCACACGACACCAUCUACACCGCAGCCGAGGCCCAGAUCGCCUAUCUGCAGGAGAACGUGCCUCGCGGCUCUAAGCUCUUCGUGGUCUCUGGCGGCGGCGACUUCUGGCUUGGGGAGUUGCGCAAGGGGCACGAGGAGCUUGUCGCCUCGUGGGAGAUUCGCACGUCCCUCUCCGACGCGGAGGCGAAGCAGUGGGCGACUAUCGCCGCGGCGCACCAGCGCGAGUCCAAAGUCUGGGUCUGCUUCUUCCACGACGGCACCAUCUCUGCGAUGCGCGACCCAAAGACGGGCACGCCGGGAUGUUCCGACUGGUCGUUUGAGCUCAUCCGGAUCCUGUCGCUACUGGUCGCCCACCGCGCCGAGCUCGUGUACACAGCGGACGAUGCGUUCAACCCGCUGCUCGAUGACGAGUACUCGGGCUACGUGUGGCCCUCGCCGGGGCCAGGCAUGUUUGCCGAGAUGCUGAAGAAGAUCAUGUACCCCCUCGGGCGCGACAAGGUGCACUGGGCACGACGCGAAAUCGAGGCGGCGCGGCCCCUGCGCGCAGCCUAUCCGGCCGGCGCGCGCAUGGUUCCGUAG